AUCCACUUUAUUAACUAAAUAUUGUUCAUCUUGGUCAGCAUCCGAUAUCUCUAUGUCCCAGAUGCAUAUAUCACUGUUACUUUGCAAAAUAAUACCAAAUCAGGUCAAAAAAGUAUUCACAAAUUCUAGUUGUAAAUGGCUGAUAUAGACAAGCUCAAAGUGGAAGAUACAUUUAAUGAUAUCGAAAGCCAAACAAAACCGGAUGUUAUUGGCCAGGUAUUAUCUCCAUCGGGAAAGCCUGUCAAUUUCAAUGCAGAUGUCGAUGUAGCCAUGAAGUAUGCUAUUGAUAACAAGGAGGCUCACAUCGAGCUCGACCCAAUUGCAGCCAAACGUCUCUUGCGGAAAAUUGAUACAUAUCUUCUUCCCUUGAUGUGUGUGUUGUAUUGUUUCCAAUUUUUGGAUAAACUUUCCAACUCUUAUGCAUCCAUAUUGGGUCUUAGAGAGGAUUUACAUAUGGUGGGGAACAUGUAUUCUUGGACUGGGACAGCCUUUUAUCUUGGGUACCUUGUGUUUUUAUUCCCAGGGUCUUAUAUGCUUCAACGGUUACCCGUGGCAAAGACCGUGUCCGUAUUCAUAAUUCUUUGGGGUGUGAUACUAUGCUGUCAUGCAACCCCACAAUACGCCGGGUUUGUCGCAUUGAGAACAAUCCUAGGCAUGCUUGAAUCUACUGUGACACCAGCAUUCACCAUCAUCACAGCUCAAUGGUAUACACAAGAGGAACAAUUUCUACGGGUUGCCUUUUGGUUUGGGUCAAAUGGGUUUGGAACUAUCCUUGGUGCUGCAAUUCCUUAUGGAUUGGAAGUUCAUAAAUCCCUGUAUUCUAUGAAAGCCUGGAAGCUUAUUUUUAUUGUAGUUGGUUCCAUAACAAUAGCCUUGGGGUUUGUUAUUCUUGCACACGUACCUGAUACACCUGCUGGAGCCUGGUUUUUAACUGAAGAGGAAAAACGGCUAGUUGUGGAACGUAUAAGAACAAACCAACAAGGUUUUGGGAAUAAGCAUUUUAAGAGAUAUCAAUUCAUGGAAGCGGUCACAGACUAUAAAACCUGGCUUCUUUUCCUCUUUGGGCUAUCCACAAAUAUACCUAGUGGUGGUAUGACUAGCUUCGGUAACAUCUUGUUGACUGAAGAUAUGGGAUAUGACGUCAAACAGUCGCUUUUAAUGCAAAUGCCCUCUGGGGCAGUAGAACUUACCGCGUGUCUUGGGCUUGCAUAUAUCCUGACCCUUGUUCGUGCACGGAUGCCCAUGGCAUUCAUCGGGACAGGGGUGGUCGUUUUGGCGCAAUGUCUACUUGCAUUUGGAACUCUGUCCCCGGUUAAGAUGGCAGGCUAUAAUCUAUAUGCAUUUGUACCCAUUGGAUUUAUUUGUAUGUUGUCGGUGGUGGCAUCGAAUGUGGCGGGCCACACGAAAAAGGUAACCACCAACGCCAUUCUUUUGGUGGGGUAUUGUGUAGGGAGUUUGAUUGGACCACAGACAUUCCGUGAGUCUCAAGCCCCAAACUACCAUGGGGCGAAGAUUGCCAUUCUUACCUGUGGGAUUAUCUCUUGGUUAACUAUUGGUGCUGUUUGGAUUGCGUACGUGAGAGAGAAUAAGAAGAAGGAUAUUAUCAAUAAGGAAGAGUAUCCAACUUUUGAAAACCAUGAGUUUGCAGACUUGACCGAUAAGGAGAAUAUAGAGUUCAGAUAUCAGACAUAGGUAUAUAGGAGAAUCCUUGGAAGACUAUUCGGUCCAAUUGCAGCCAAAUGUAAGGAGAGAACUGUUAAAAAAAUAGUAGAUAAAUAGGCUGAUGAAAUUAGCUAGAAGAAUUUAGCAAUCCCCUAUGAGUAAAGUGAGAAGUCUGGAGUAAAUCCAGGGACU